ACAAAUUACUCGGAAUUAAUGUACAUCAAUUUCAUUAUUUGAGCCCUAAGUCAAAUUUACGAUCUCAAUUUACACUAACAGUCUCCGGUUGUCAUGAGUUCUUCGGCAGGUCCGAGCCUGUUUGCGGGAAUUACAAAGCUAUGUAAAGGUCUAGCGGCAGUUCUUGUUUUUGGACACAUUGCUGUUCAGGUCUUCCCUUCUGCCGUUACUUAUGUUGCACUUAUUCCUGCCAGGACAAUUCCUUUUGGCUGGAACCUCUUAACAGCUGGUUAUAUUGAACAAACCGUUCACGGGGUUCUUAUUAGCACAGUCAGUCUCCUUUUCAUUGGGAAGCUGCUUGAACCCAUCUGGGGUUCUGGAGAGUUCUUGAAGUUUAUCUUUGUUGUCAAUUUUUUGACUUCUGUGUGUGUAUUCAUCAUGGCCAUUGUCUUGUAUUACAUAACAAUGGAGGAAGUUUAUCUUUACAUGCCUCUUUCUGGCUUCGGUGGGGCCCUUUCAGGGCUCUUAGUCGGUGUCAAGCAGAUAAUUCCUGACCAAGAAUUGGCUCCACUAAAAAUCAAAGCUAAGUGGGCGCCAUCUAUCAUGUUAUUUCUGUCUAUUGUAAUAAGCUUCUUUACAGUAGAGCCAGCAACAUGCCUUCCAAUGCUGAUAUUUGGCACGUAUAUUGGUUGGAUCUACCUCAGAUACUUUCAAAGGAAACAAGAAACAAAAAUAAAGGGCGACCCCAGUGAUGAAUUUGCCUUCUCUACCUUCUUCCCUGAAUUCUUAAGACCUUUGAUUGAUCCGAUUGCUUCGAUAUUUCAUCAAAUGCUCUGUGGAAGAUCUGAAGAUUCCAACGAGGCCAGGGGCUAUACAGUAGGUACUGCUCCAUUGCCUGGUUCUGAUCCCGUCGAGGCAACUAGGAGAAGGGAAAGGGGUGCGCGAGCAUUGGAGGAAAGACUGGCAGCUGAGCCCCAAAGAGAUGUAACUGAAAAGGUUUAGAUCAUUAAACUCUUGUGUCUAUUCGAAAAGCAGCAGAUCAAGUAUAUCCUGCUGGAUGUUCCAGGUAGCAAUCAGUUUCGGUAGAUCCUAGCCAUUAUUUUUUUGUCUAGCAAUCGAGUUGGCAUAAAUUUUGAGGUACAUAUAGUCACGAGGCUCCCGGAUCUCCAAAUCUGUUUCAAUCCAUAAACUUCACCACCCUCGUUUGGUGUUUACAUCCUCUUCUUUCUUGUAUAACUAAAUGCAAUUACAACAAUCUUUGC